CUUUCAGCAAAAUAACAUCUUUUUUUUAAGUAUGUAUACACCAAUUAAUUAAUCAACUAAUUAUUUCAAUCAUUUAUUAAUCCGAUUAAUCAUUUCAUCCCUUGUUAUAAGUAAUACUCUUACAGAGGUCAGUAUUGUCUGAGCUGGCGUUUCUGGGUCGUCUCUUGCUCUGACCUUCUAGGGAAUUUCCUGGGACUUCCUCCUCUGGGAAAAUUGGCAGCGAAAUGCUUUCCACUUGAUCUUCCAACUGCUUGUCUGAGGUCAUCAUUGACGUCUUUCCUUCCUGGCAAUCCUCUACGCUAUAGAAGCAGCUGGUCUCUCCUUAUAUAAUGUAUGCAGUGCCUUGGAAAUGUAUGCACAACCCUUCUGCUUUUUUUAUAUCUGGUAUGAAAAAGCAGACUCAGGUGUUUACAGAACUGCUAUAUUUACACAAAUUUUUAAAAGAGCUUGAUGGUAUAAAUAGUUUCAAAUCAAUCCACUUUUUAAGAAAGCGUUCAAAAGAAACUGAAUCCAGAAAUAAGCCCAGACUUUACCCUCAUCCAGUUUAUUUUGGUGUACCCCACGGUUCUGUUUUGGGCCCACUUAUUAAUUUUUUUCUAAUUUCCUUUCUAGUAAUAUUUUGAGGCUUAAAACACAUUUGCAAUAUUGUAUUAAAGAGCAAAAAUGUUUCAGCACAAACAUAAAAUAAUUACAUUUUAACACAUAUCUUCAUAACUGUUUUAUGUUUCGCUAUAAAAUUAAGCUAUUAUUUUGUUGCUCAGCAUUAGUUUUUACUAAAUACAAAGCAAUUGUUUACUCUGAAAUUUAUUUAUAGCUAUCCUAGUAAAGGGUGGUGAAUACAUAUACCUGUCACACUAUUCAGAUAUUUUGUUUUUGGAAAUCAGCUUCAUGAUUAUGGACUACUUUUUUAAACAAGGUGGUGGCACAGUUACAAUUUAAUGGCUUGGCUGGCAAUCUCAUGUGUUUGAAUGGCCCAGUCAAAGUCCAGACCUAAAUUAAAUUAUUCUACUAUAUUACUUCUGAUGUUUUCCAAUAGUUUUUACUCUAAAAACCCACAAAAACCUGCGAGCGAAACUGAGAAAGCAUAGAUCGGAAGAGUUUUCCAGGUCAUUUGCAGCUUUAAUUGUGUUUCGUUCCAAAGGUAAAUGAGAUUACAGGCGAUUAGUGAAGAUGCUUAUUUCAAUACAGCACACUGAGAGUUCAGGAACCACAGGAAACCACCUGGUCUCAGUGUCGCUAGGAGAAAAUAGUGCACCUGUCAAGUGGAAGUAGUUUCUAAAAACAAUGAAAUGCUUGUUUUCACCAGUUUGCUUUUCUAAAAGGAUGUUGGAGUAUCUCUGUUACGAUUUAUUCCCUUUGCAUUUGUUCUUUUAUUAUUUGCUGACGUGUUGAACAAUUAUUCCUUCUUGUAGAUACUGUGCAGCUGGAAGGAUUUCUUUUUUUAUUGGUACUUUUGGACGUUAUGCGUAAUCGUGGCAACAAUUUCUCGUUUUUUAAAAAACAGGUAGCAGCUGGUUGGCAUCUCAAAAGCUAAGAUAAAGCCUGAAUUACAACAAAGAGUUGAAAAGAUUUCAUGGACCAAAAAACAGAAAGAGAGAAGGAGGAAGUUCAAACCGUCUCUCCUAUUUAUCAUAAAGUCUAUUGUAAACCCUACUCCAACAUCCUUCUGAAAUGAGGUGGAUUAGUCGGGUUUGACAACAACUGAUGCCGUCAUCCAGGACAUGUUGCUGUGGAAUAUUAUCUCUGCGGCCCAGAUGUUGAAAUGUUAGCAUGUCAAACAGUCUUCAGUCAGAGGCCUCUUCAGAUUCAUUGGAUGAUUGACUGCUGCUGGAAAUCCUUUCUGCCAAACAGCAUCACCAUCCACAACAACUUUGAAGAUACCAGUUAAGACAUUAGAUUUCCCUUAUGGAUAAAAUAUUAUUAAACUAAAUUAAUAGUAGCUGUCACAUGAAAUUAGAUGUCAAAAUAAAAACAAAACUUAUUUUAAAAAGUUAAUUACAGUACAGUAUAAAGUGUUUACAAAAAAUGUUACAAGGUUAUUAAAUUCUCUUUCUUGCGUGUGUAUAUAUAUUUGUGUGUGUGUUUUGUUUUUGGUUUUUUUUAGAGUUGACGUUGCCCUGUGAUACACCUGAAGUAGUCAUAUCAGCAGGUAGUUGAAUGACUGAAAACAUCAAAUAUGUAAUCGUAUGCACAAAUAUUCAACUAUUACAGUUUCACCGGUCCAAGCAGAUCUCCUUGGUGCUGACGGUUGUCCUCUUCCCCCAGUGCAGAUGCUGGUAGAUGAAGUCAAAAACCGAUGCUGUGGUCCUUGCAAACAGGCUGGUCCACUUCAGGGCCGCCACUAUCCCCUGAACAAAACGCCCACAGUACUCCCCAAACAGCGUAGUGUAGCGGGCCAAGAGGAGCAGACUCCUCCCCAACUGCUUCCCGUGAUUCACAAUCAGUUUGACUCUUUGGUCAUGUCUUGCCAUCAUUACAAACUGUGUAAGUUCAGUUAAAUUGUCAUUAUUAGUCGUGUUUGAGUUGGUAAAUUUAGUCAGACACUUCCCGAGGAGAAAAAAGGUGUGUACGCCUUUAAAUUUCUCAACUGUCUCUUACAGAUCCCAGCUGUCCAAUCAGAGCAGAGAAAGUUCUGUUUCCGGGAGUGUUUGGUGAUGUGGCUCUAAAAUCCAUCCGAGGAAAUAAAGAAAAAUUAAAACCAAACGGAUUUACCUGAGGAGCAUCCGCACAGUCCCGACUUUAUGUUAAGCCGUCUGGCCAACGUCCUCCAGGAGCUUUCUGGAGAGGAGGGCGCAGAUGGAAACAAACAGGGCGUACUGGAGCCUCAGCUCCCCGCUGCAGAGGGCCAGACUGCAGUGGACGCCGAGGUUCCCGAGGACGCCAUGGAGAGGCUGGCCCACCUGGAGCAGCUGGUGGUCCAGCUGAAGGAGCUAAUUCGAGACAAAGAUGCUCAGCUGCUGCAGCAGGAGACCGAGCUGACCAAGAAAGAUGCUCAGCUCAAGAACGAGAAAGAAGAGGCGGAAGCUCGUUUCACCAAACUCAAACUGCAGGCGAAAGCCAAGAUGGCGUCGCUCAACAAGCAGAUAACGGAGCUGAAAGGACAAGCAGAAUCAGCGACUCCAGACGGUUCUUUCUGCUCUGCCGGCGCGGUGGCGGCCGAGGAGGAGCUUCAGGAUCUGCGGGCCAAGCUGAGCGAGGAGGAGGCCAGCAGCCGGCAGCUGAAGGAGCGACUCCUCGCCACCGAGCUGCUGCUUCAGGAGAAGGAGGCUGCCCACGCCGAGCAGCUGCGGGUGCUGCAGGUUGUCAUCGCUGAGAAGGAUGUCCGUUUUCAGGAGCAGAUUCAGAGGCAUGAAGAGGAGCUGCUCAAGGUCGGCACACAGGACGGCACAGAGCUGCAACAGGCGCUCCAGGCGGCUCAGCAGCGCUGCGUUGAGCUCGAAGAGGCUUUGUUCUCUCGCUCCCAAGAGCUGGAAAUGCUGCAGCAGGAAGUGAACAGCGCUGACCAACAGAAACAAAUUUUGACGGCUCAGUUCCGGAAGAUGGAGCAGGAGCUAACUGAGGCCGUCCGGCUGAGGCAGGAAUGGGCCGAGCAGGUCCGCCAGGGCGACGCGGAGCUCUCCGCCUUGAGGGAGGCGGCGCUCAUCAGCCAGCAGCAGCUGGAGAAAGAGAAGAUGGAGGCCUCCAGGUUGGAGGCGGAGCUAAUUCUGAUGGAAGAGGCACAGCUAGCGGCUGCCCAAGCGCACCAAGAUGCCUCACAGAGGGACAGGGCAGAAAUCACACGGCUCCAAAGCGAAAUCAGAGAAGCAGAAUCAGCCAGGGAGGAAACCAUGGAACAAGAGAGGUCAGAGGUCGAUGACCUGCAGAAAGAGCUGGUGAACCUCAGGGAAGAGCAAGAAGGUGUGAAGAAGAAGGAGGAGCUACUGGCUGAGAUCUGGAGCCACCUUCGCUCCCUCGCUCCUGAAACGAUGCCGGAGGGCGACCCCGCUGACCCCACUCUGCUCCUGGACUCGGUGCGGUCCGUGGAAACGCAGCUGAUCAGGCUGAAGGACGAAUGCGGAGAACUGAGCGAACAGUACGCCCAGCUCACCCAGAACAUGGAGGCCCUGCAGGAACAACUUCACAUAAAAACAGCAGAACAAGAGGAGGCCGAUGUCAAGAUACGACAGCUGGAGCAGCAGAUCGUAGAAAUGUCUGACACUGAAACAUCUCUGGAUUCAUCCCAACCUGAUAAAGAACAUAUUUUGGCGCUGGAGCAGCAGCUUGUAGAAAAAGACAAUGAGCUAGUUGCCUUACGAGAAUCCAUCAUAGUUGCUACAAAACAAACCUCAGGAGAUGCUGAAAUAAACCAAAGUCCGGAUCAAGAUGCUACCGCGGCUCCUGCUGAUGCCGUGGAAGACACACAAGAUGAAGAAACCACCUUAGUUGCAGAAGACACCUCCAUCCUCUCCAUCCCUGCUGAUAGUGAAAGCAGCCCGGAGCUCAUCGGACUCCAGUCCGAGUCUCCUGAAGAAUCAAAGGGAACCUCCUCAGAUGAGAUGGUCACCAGCACUGAUUCGGAGGUGGCCCACAGCAGCUGGACGCUCCUGGAAGCCAUGAAUCAAGACGGCGCUCAGGAGUGGCCCUCCGUCCCGCAGGAUGUUGGUCAGUCCUGGGUGGCAACAAGCAUGGAGCAGGAAUCCUCCCAGCCGUCAUCCGUGGUCCAAGUCCACCUGACCCAACAGAGUUCCUCCUCCACCGACGAAAACGUCAGUCUCUUUGCUCAGACUUUAGCCGAGGAGCUGCAGAAGAGGUACGGUGAGCUUCUGGCAGAGCUGCAGGGGCUUAAAGACGCAGCUGCAGCAUCACAGGAGAAAAUCAAGAUCCUAGAAGAGGAAGCACAGUCUCUCACCGUCGCUAAAGAGGAAGUUGAGGCUGAAACACUCAGGUUGUCCCAGGAGCUAGAAAACAGCAAAAUGGUGGAGAAGCAGAGUGUUGAAAUGCAACUUCUGGAAGAAUUGGAGAUUUUAAAGAUUGAAAAUAAAACCAAGGAGGAGAAGAUUGAGGCUUUGCAGGCAGAUUUGGAAACAACGCAGCAAGCUCUGUCUGAGCAGGAAGGUGAAGCGAGGACGCUGAGCGCUCAGCUGGAGGACGGAGAGCUUCUCUCCUCCGAGCUGCAAAAGAAGCUUCAUGAAAUGGAAAAUAGCCUGUUGGAGCACUCUCAGACUUCAGAUCGCCACAACGAAUCUCUAUCAGAGAAGGACUCUGAGAUUCAAGAGCUGCAGCUUCUUCUCACCCAGAAAGCAAAGGAGGUGACGGAGCUUAACGACAGCAUGUCCGCCAGGCUUCUUCAAGCAGAAGAAGAGAAGUUUGAGAUGAAAGGGGAAGUGAGUAAACUCAAGGAGCAGAUGGAAGAGCUGGAGAAGGUCAGAGAUGAUCAACAGCAAGCAUCUAAUGAUGACGAAGAAGUGGUUACCUUGAGGAACGAGAAGGAAGCUUUGGAAAUGCAACUGGCAAACACAAAGAAGAAGUUGCAGGCUGCUCUGGUUCAGCGCAAGGAACUCAUGAAGAAAGUCAGCGAGUUUGAGAAGGAAACAGAACGAUGGAAGGAGAAAGACGAGACAGAAGAAACUUCUGAAAAACUCCCUCAAAGACCUGAGAUUCAGGACUUGGAGGACAAGAUCAUAAAGCUAGAAGACUCUUUAAGAUACAAAGAGGAAGAGGUGGAGGCUCUUAAGCAGAGACUUGACCAUCAGGAUCAAGUCCUUGCAGAGACAAUUGCUCUGAACAGAAAGCUGAGUGAAGAACAGCCUGAAGCCACCUCUGAAACGGGCAUCUUGCAGUCUCAAGUCGCUUCUCUUGAAGCGGAGUGUGAAACGCUCCAGAAGAAGUUUCAGGAAGCCCAAGAAUCCCGCAAGGAAACCAUACGCAAAGCCAAAGAGAAAGACAGGCACCAUCGCGAACAGAUGAAGCAGCUGAAAGAUGAUUUCAACGAGCUAACCGAGCGAUUUGACAUGCAGAGCAGCGAAAUGGAAGGUCUUCUCGACAAGCUUAGAGAGCUGGAGGAAAAAGCGACCUCUGAUGGAAAUCCACAACCAGAACCGGCGCAGGUGUCUGCCGUAAACAGCUGGGCUCAAGAGGAUUGGGUGGACUUUGCUGCAUCUGAAACAGAUUCAUUGAAACCACAGGCAAGCAAUCUCGAUCAGCAUCCUCUGGAGCCGUCUCCUGUUGCAUCUACACAACUGGAGGAAUCUCUUAAAGUUCUUCAAGACGAGAUCCAAAAUUAUCGGCAAGUGAACACUGAGCUGGAGAAGCAACUACAGGAAACUAACAGCAGCCUGUUGCUUAAGGAGUCUGAGAUACUUGAACUGUGUAAAGACCUGGAAGGACUGAGAGAGAAGGAAAAGCAAAUUGAUGCUCUCUAUGAGGAGAUGAAUGAACUUCGAGAAAAGUAUCUUCAAGCUGAAGCUUAUACAGAAACCCUAAAGGCAGAGAUAGAAACUGCAUCAAAAGCUACUGCAGAAGCCUCCAUGAAAACUCUUCAAGCUGAAGUGGAAGACUUCAAGCAGUUCCUAGACAACAAGAACUGCGAGAUAUCGGAGCUCAGCCAGCAGCUGAGUGAGCAGAACUCCCUCAUACACUCAAUGCAAGACUCUGUGUCUGAGAAAGAUCAACUGAUAAGCUCUUUACAGGAGGAACUGAAGGCAGAGCAAGAGAAAAUGCACAAGCUGCAGACUGACCUUCCACAAAAGCAAGAAGAAGACAGUGAGGCAAAACUCCAGCAGCUUCAGCGAAAGCUUCAAGCUGCUCUGGUGUCUCGCAAAGAGGCCCUCAAAGAGAACAAGAGCCUAAAGGAGAAGCUCACUUCGGCCGAGAAGAUGGUUGCCGAGCUGCAGCAGAAGAUCGAUUCAACAGAAGAAGAGCUUGAGAGUCUAAGAGGCGAAAGAGCAAAACUUAUCGAGGAGGUUGAUCGGACCUUAGUGGAGAACCAAAGUCUGGGGUCGUCGUGUGAGAGUCUGAAGCUCAUAAUGGAGGGAAUAAUCAAUGAGAAGGACGCUUGUAAGAAGGAGGUGGACUUGGCAAAGGAAGAGGCGGCAAGGGUGUGUAAGGAGUGGGAGGAGAAGGUCCAAGGGAUGAAGGAGGAGUACGAGACUCUGCUCAAGUCUUAUGAGAAUGUGAGUGACGAGGCGGAGCGUGUGAGGAAGGUCCUGGAAGCCGCCCGCCAAGAAAGACAGGAGCUGGCGGCUAAAGCGAGAGCUCACGAGACUGCAAGGCAGGAGAGCGAGAGACGAGCAGAAGAGGCGCAGAAGGAGGUGGACACAGUGAAGGACAAAAUGAGGAAGUUUGCAAAGACAAAACAGCAAAAGAUAAUGGAGUUGGAGGAGGAGAACGAGAGACUCCGAGAGAGGCAGGAAACUUCAAAACAAGAUGAUUCCUUCAUCAAAGCUGAAGCAGAGCGCCUUCAGGAGGAGAUGAGAGCUCUGCAAGCUGAACUGGAAGCUGCAGCAACGGAAAGAGAUGCUCUAAGGCAGCAAGUCGAAGAGGUGAAUGGAAAACUCGCUGACAUGGAGGCAAAUCAACUCAGCUCUGCGCCUGUUGUAGAGGAAGUCAUCACUGCAACGCAAUCAGAAGCCAUCUUGACUGCAGCAGAGCCACAAGAUGAUCUUGCGGUUGCAGAAGAAAAGGAGAAGGCUCAAGCUUUACUGGAAGAUAAACUGAGGGAGAUUGAGAUUCUGAAUACAGAGAAGGAACUCUGGCAAAAACGAGAAGCUGAACUAGCAUCUCUUGAGCAAGAGCUGCAGGAGAGCAAAAAUAACGAGAACCGUCUGGAGAAGAACCUUCAACAGAGCAACGAGAGAGAAAAACACCUGAUUGAAGACGCUUCAAAGAGAGAAGCUCAGCUCAAAGAACUCCUUGAGAGUCUUGAAACCGAAAAAGACAACCUGGAGGAGCGUCUGAUGAACCAAUUGGCCCAGCUCAACGGGAGCAUAGCCACCUACCAGCAAGAAGCAGCAGACAACAGUGAGCAACUCGCUGAGACACAGCGAGAGGUAGAGAGGCUGGAAGCUGAGGUCCAGAGUGAGAGAGACCGAUCCGCCAGGCUGGAGGAGGAUGUGAGGCAGGCCCGGCGAGAGAGAGCCGAAGCCGAGGCAGAGUCUGGAAAGCAGAGGGAACUGGAGCAGCAGCUGAGGUCUGCCCAGAGGGUCAAAGAAGGCAGCCAAAGCCGAGCAAAGCAGCUGGAGGAGCUACUGAGGGAAAAGCAACUGGAAGUGCGGCAGCUUCAGAGGGACUCCAUCCAAUAUCAGGAGAAGAUCAGUGAACUUGGACGUGAAGUCAAAGCCCUGCAGCUAAGCCAGGAGGAGCUCCGAGGCAGGCUGGAGCAGUCAAAGAUGGAGUCCGCCAAAACGUUGGAAGAUCUCAAGAGGUCUGAAACAGAGAUGGAGAGUUGUAAAACCGAACUAGCGGAAGCGCGGAAAGAAGCAAGUGAGGCAGUCUCUGCAAGAAUGGCCAUUGAGCAAAGCUACCAGCAGAAAGAGGCUGCGCUGAAGGCUGAGGCGGAGCAGACUCUGGACUCUGUGAGAUUCAGGCUGGGAGCUGAGCUGAAGGAGACAGAGCUCAGACUGGAGGAGGCCUACAGUGAGCGGGAGAAGGAGGAGGAAGCUGCUAUGGAAGCCAGAGAGGUGGCAGAGACAGCAGAGAGGCGAGCCCAGGAGACCCAAGCCCGUCUGGAUGAGACUCUAGCCAGGUUAGCCGCCUUCUCUCGCAGCAUGUCCUCCCUGCAAGACGACAGGGACAGAGUUCUGGAUGAAGCCCGGCAGUGGGAGACACGUUUCAACAGCGCUCUGCAGGGGAAGGAGGCUGAAGUCCGUGAGGCUGAAACACGCGCCAAGGAGCUUGCAGAUCAGCUUCAGAAAGAGACUGCGCUGAAGGAGGAGUUGGAGCAGUCUGUAAACAGGUUACAGAGAGCAGAGAAAGACUGGCAGCUGAAAUUGGAAGAAGAGCAAAAGAAAGUCAUGGAGCACCAAGUGGUUCUUGAUCAGGAAAGAUCGAAGCUGGAGGAAACUUCAUCCGAGUUAGUAUCUGCUCAGAACGAAGUCGGCGUCCUCAAAAACACGCUGGAGAGUCUUGGUCAGAGGGUCCGGGCUCUGGAGGAGGCUGUCGGCAGACAGACGGGUGAAGUGGAGCGGGCCAGAACCGAGCUGAGGGCGAGAGAAGCCGAGGAGAGGCGUCUGUGUCUGAACGUGGAGCAGCUUGAGACGGACCUGCGUUCCUCCAAGGUUCUGACGGAGAGUUUACAGACGGAGCUACACGAGAAGGAGAGGAGGGAGGUGGAGCUGCUGGGGGAGAAGGAGCUAGCUGUCGCACAGGCAGCAGAAGAGGCGCGGAGAGAGGCUGAGAGCCGGGCACAAGAUGCCGAAAGAGAGCUGGAGCAGAGAAGAGGAGAAGUGAGGGAUCUGGAAGGAAAACUACGGGAAGCACAGGAGGAGAGCAGCAACUGGAAAGGCAGACUGGACUCUUUCACCAAGGCGAUGGGAUCCCUGCAGGACGACAGAGACCGAGUGCUCAGCAUGUACAAACAGCUGGAGGAGAAACACCUGCAGGUGAUGAUGGAGAAGGACGGUCUGAUCCAGGAGGCAGCAGCGGAGAACAACAGCCUGAAAGAGGAGCUUCGCUUUCUGCUGGUCCAGAGAGACGACAUGCACGCCGAACAGGCCAAGCUGUCGGCUCAGCUCCACGGAUAUCGAGACGAACUCACCCAAGUGUUAAGCAUGAAAGACUCCCAACACAAACAGCUUCUGGCAGCUCACAAGGAGCACAUCUCGACCUUACAGCGGGAGCGUGAGGAGCUGGAGGCUCAGCUGAGGAGCAAAACCACAGAAGAGACGCAGAAAGUAGAGAUGGAGACUCUUAGUCGAGCCUCACAGGUGAUGGAUGCGCCUGGAGCGGAGGUGGAGAAGCUGAGGGAGCAGCUGCAGGCGGAGCGCGGCCGAGCCGAGGAUCUGGAGGAGCGGCUCGCCGCCGAGAGCAGAGAGUUGGCCGAGCUGCGCUGGGAGGGCGGCGUGAUGCGCACCGAGUCGGAGAGCGCCCAGGAGAGGGUGGCGGAGCUGGCCCGCGACCUGCUGAUCGUAGAGCAGCGGCUGCUGGAGGAGACGGACACCACCAAGCAGCUGAGGCAGCAGAACCAGCAGCUCGCCGACGCCAUGGAGGCGCUGCAGCAGGCCAGAGAGGAGGCGGCGCAGAAGGUCAGGGAGCCGGAGGAGAGGAGCAGGGCGGCACAGAGCAGCACUGGAGAGGUGUGGGGCCUGAAGAAUGCCCUGCAGGCCCUGCAGAACGACAGGGAGAGACUGCUGGAGCAGCUGAACACGCAGACGGCCGAGCUGAAGAAGCAGAAGUUGGACCUGGCUCGGCUGGGAGCCGGCGAACUGAUUAAAGUCAGCCAGGAGCUUUUAGAGGAGAAGAAGAAGAACGAGGAAAUACUGGAGGCUGUGACGCGGCUGGAGAGCGCGGCGCAGAGAAGCGAGCAGGAAACAGAAUCCCUCAGGCUGGAGCGGAUGGACUUACUGGCUCAGGCGGAGCAGCUGAAGCAGCAGACGCUCGCCACCCUCUCAGAGAAAGACCAACAGCUGCGGCAGCUGGCCGCCAUGUUGGAAGAGGCUCGUCUCCAGAAGCCCAAACUCAAACGGGAACAGCUACAGAGACAGGGCACAGAGGAAGAAGAUAACCCACCUGGAGCGCCGCAGGAGCGAAGCAGCCUGACCGACGGCCGAUCCUCCAAAGCGGAGCUCCUGGAGCUUCAGCAGAGACUAGAAGAAGAGACUCGGCAGCGGCUGGCGGUUGAGGAGCAGCUGAUGGCGACACAAGAUCUCCACAAACGUCACAGCCAGGCGUCAUGGUACUCUGCAAACGAAGGGGAUCUUUCUGAGACGGCUGUGUUUAUCGACCCACCAGAAGGCGCCGUCACCCGGACCCGCAGAGGAGGCCCCAGCUUGCUGCGGAUGCUCCGCGUGGCGUUCUGCUCCCGUCAGCGAACCCCUCUGCUGCUCGGCCUCUACCUGCUCACUGUGCACGUACUGCUGCUCCUCUGUCUGGGCGGAUACCUCUGAAAAACCGUUCCAAAUAACACGAGAGAAGGUCCUAGAAAAUAGAAAUGUGUUGGUUAUAAAUCUUAGUGUGAUAUAUAAUAAUUUAACGAAGGGUCCAAAGGAUGUUCUGUACAAACGGUGCACUUUAAUCGCUUAGCCAAAGUAUAUACAUUUACUUCAGGGGGUGUUUGUUUCAACUCUUUGGUCGUAGGUGACCUCAAGUCACCUACAAGUGGGAGAUUUUGCUUCAAAAUGGAUUCAAAGGGACAAUAUCUUAAUAUUACUUAGUAAAAUAAACAAAUGCAACCUUCAACUAUAAUUAUGGAGAAAAGAAAUUGGCUUUUUUGGUAGAUCUGAGCCACUGCUCUUUCACAUCGAAAGGGACUGGCGAAGUUAGUUCGGCCAUCUUAUGAAGAUCCCCCCAGUGUGAGGGUUUCCUGGGUUUCCCUUCCAGAUCUGAUGAGUUGAAAGAAAGACGGUGGAUGGAGGAAGAAAAGACGCCACCAAGUUUUUUGGAAGUGUUGUACAUCAUGUGCCUUGUAGAUUUGAGCUCCGAGUCUUUCCAGUUACAGGAAAAUGUUCUGAAAAUCCACAAGAUUCUGUGUAUUUUACUGGGAUUUUACAGUAGGAGCCAACAUGAAGCAGAACAUAAUUGUGAGGUGGAUGAAAAAUUAUGCAUGGUUUCUUACAUGGGGGAUUGAUUUGUGUAGUGCACAACCAAUAGUUCCCCUUAAGCCCGGCUCUUUAUUUGUGAAAACAUAUGAAAAACUAUGCACAAAGUUUCUUCAGCUUCACAACUGAUGCGAAAUAAUUCAAGAAGUGUGAAUACUUCUUUAGAGCACCACAUGCUGGAGCUAAUAUCCUGUGAACGAGUCAAAUUUGCCUCAAAAAGUAGCUAAAGUAACUAUGCUAAGUAAGCUAACUCUGCUGGGCUUGCUAAGCUAGCUUUGAGAUUAACGGUUGUUUCGAGGAAGAGGGGAAACGGUUUGAAAUAAAUUACUUCAAGUUGAGUUUAUUAUGUGAUAUUUAUCUCCUAACAUCCUUCAUGCACAAAAAUGGUGAACGGUGCCAUUUCUGGUUUUACAUAUCCCCGUGUCGUCUCUAUACAUUAAUUAUGCUGUUUUUAAUCCGUUCUACAGUACUGUUCGUUUUGGAGACGCGUUUCCCUUUAUGUCCAUUAUGAUGUUGCUGCAUUCCACCGGAUGAAGGAUGACAUUUUUUGAACGAUAUCUCCUUUAACUUAGAUUUAAUGUAAUUCCUUGUUAUGAAAUAUAGGUUAAAUUGCCCUCCAUAUAUAUCAUUCCUGUCUCGUAACACUGGGCUGCUAAUUCUGCUGUCACAUCCUUUACAAAUCUUCGGUGUUAUUUCUUGUAAAUACCUGUUCAAAGGGCUGUAUAUGGGAAAUAUAUAAUGUAAUUAAAAAUUUGGGUGGUUUGGAUCGAUUGAAACAUUGAUCUAAAGUAAAUUUUCUCGGUAGGAUUUUGUUUACGUCCUCAUUGGGAUCAUCGUGACUCAGAAAGUUUAAUCACUAUCUUUUUGAAAUCAUUAACCGACAAAUGAAGCUGAGGUUCAGACACUUUUUACAGUGGGUACCGGUGUGUGUGAAACACUACAGUCGUUUUUCUCCAUAGCUAGAGGGCAGGUUGUUACUGAUGAUGACACAAGUUUGUGUUCAAAACUUUUAAUAAAGGAUGUUUUUAAGUGGAA